CAAAUUUAACCAUUAAGUUCAACGGUUCCGGUUCGAAACGCAUACCCAAACUGGCAAGAAUUUUCUGAGACUUGGAAUGGAGAGAGGAUAAGCUAAAGUGCUACCAGAUUUUCCAAAACUGCCAAUUCCACUGCAAAAAUCUUCACUGCUCCUUCUGUUCACACAAUCAGGAGACACUUUUCUUCAUCUUCAUUAUCACCCAAUUAAAUAGAAUGGAUCAUAAUCAGAUAAAUCAAGACUCUCUCUAUCAUUUGCCCCAUCAUCAUCAAUCCAUGCAACUGCAAAUGCAAACCCCAAAUCUGUCCUUCACUGAUUUCAAUCAACACCAACAACCGCUUCUUAACCUUUCCUCUCCUUGCUCUCUUCCUAGGUCCAGGUUUGUCGUCUUUAUCUUUUUAAUGGUUCUUCACCAAUUGCUAUGCAAUUUCUUGAAAGUUUGAAGCUAAGAUAUUGUCGUUUCCUCGGUGGGUUUUUGGCUUCUUUUAUUGAAUGGUUGCUUAAUUUGCCUCAUGUCUCAAGAAACUCAACUUUUCUUUUUCUUUUUCUUUUUAUGUGUUUCAUUCUACUGUAAAAAUGGGUUUAAUCUUGGUAAUUAGAUAGAUAAUACUUUGUCAUAAUCCAUAAAUUCUUACGGCCUAAUAGGUUGUCAUAGCCACUUGCAGAAAACAGCAUUAGUUUUCUCGAAUGUAAUUUAUGAAGGGAUUUUAAUAGCAGAAAACCAAGUUAAGCAACUAAAAUUUUAAGAUAAAUUUAACUAAAAUGGAGUAUUGGAUUCAAAUGCUAGUAUUUGAGCUCAUACAGUGUAUGCAUCUGUCAAUUUUUUGUGUUAUUGUAACUUGAAAAUGCAUGAAUUGAUGGUAACCCUUGUGGGCUUCUGCAAUGUGAUCAAUUUCUGCUUUGACAGCCAAGGGCUUGAAUCAGAAGUCAAGGAUAGUGUAGCUGUAAGAAAAAGUGAGAAGGCUGAUCGUGAAAAGUUGAGGAGGGAUCGAUUAAAUGAGCAUUUUAUUGAGUUGGGGGACGCAUUAGAUCCUGAUAAGCCCAAAAAUGACAAAGCAACUAUCCUAACUGAUACUAUUCAGUUGCUAAAGGAUUUGACAUCUCAAGUCAACAAACUUAAGGCGGAGUAUGCUACCUUGUCUGAAGAAUCUCGUGAGUUGACACAAGAGAAAAAUGACCUCAGAGAAGAGAAGGCAUCUCUUAAAUCUGAAAUUGAGAAUCUAAAUAUUCAGUACCAGCAAAGAGCCAGGGCCACAUACCCGUGGGUUGCCAUGGAUCACUCAGUUGUUAUGGCUCCAACUUCUUAUCCCUUCCUUAUGCCAAUGCCAAUACCUCCAAGGCCGAUUUCUUUGCAUCCAACCAUGCAACCAUACCCCUUAUUUGGAAACCAGAAUCCUACAGUAAUCCAUAAUCCCUAUUCAAUUUUUGUUCCAUAUAUGACCCCUAGUGCCUUGGUUGAACAACAGUCCACCCAACAUGCAACUUCAUCUGCACUGCCUGCUAGUGGAUCCCAUGUUUCAGGCAAAGAAGACUCAAAGAAUAAAUCAUCAAGGGAAAGUAAGACUGGAAAAAGUUGGGACUCUAAUGAUGUCACAACAGAGCUAGAGUUGAAGACUCCAGGAUCUACAACAGAUCCGGAUUUAUCUUCAAGACAAAGAAAGUCCAAAAAAUCACUGGGGAAGGAAAAUAGUAUUACAGAUGGGAGUUCUACAAGUAGGUGUUCAUCCCGUAGUGUCCAAGAUAGCUCAUCUAGUAGCAUAGCUGGUAGCCCAAAGGCUGAUGACAUAAGCCCGUGAAAGAAGUAACAAAUAAAUAGAAAGCCAGGCUGUUCCUAUUGGCACUUAUCAUUUGUGGUUGUCUCUCUUCUUUCUUGGAUUCAUAUGGUCACUCUAGUAUUAAAUUGUUUUGAAAUCAAGUUAUUGUUCAUGCAAGUAAAGGCCGGAAGCGUUAGCUAAGAUUUGGAAAGUCUGGCCCAUUUCAUUGGAUAUUCUCUGCAUAAGUGCUGCGAGGGAUGAUACUCAGUAUCAUAUUCUAUAACUGCUUUUAUCGAUCAGAAAAAUGGUUUAAGUGUCAUUAAAUGCUAAACAUUAAUAGAGCUUGUUGGUUGUGAGAAAGCCAAGGCCGGAAGCAGCUGGAACCUUAUCAGACAAGUGUUCAGACAAGUGUCUAGCAAAGAUGAUGAUUAAUGGAAAUAAUCUAUCCAGUAGUAAAAUCGGUCCUUUCUAGGAAGCCCACGAGAAUUAAGGAAAGAACUUGACUGUACAGUAACAGAGUGAACAUGGAGAGAUUGGAUACCAAAUGUAAAUAUGUAAAUUUGUCUUUCAGUUAGUUCUUGUUUGAACUGGUGCAGAUGUGGUAUUACACUUGCGACUUUGACAAAAUCUCACAUAUAUAUUUGAUACUUUUCAUGUUCUUGCAAGGUAUACAUUUCUUUUGGCAGGGAAAUGAUUGUGAGGCCAUUUUCAUAAGUUGCAUGUAGGCUAUUGCUAACGCAAUAUUAUGUUUUCAACUUAAUAGGUUAAACAAGAUGCCUGUGUAUGAAUGGUAAAUAUUAGGAUGUGAAUGAGGAUUCAUACUGAAUGGUAAUAUGAUGUUUAUAAACACUUUUUGUAGCAACAUCCAAAAGGACUUGAAUAUGGAAAAAUACAGGGUGGCCUGCCUUUUACGAAUGCAUGAAAGGAAUCCAUUCCUAGAUAAAGGUCAAGACUCGCAAGUGAUGAAUGUGGAUAUGCAUAGAAAAGGGUCUAGUUUUGCAGACAUUACUGUUAAUAAAACCAUGACCUUGGUGGAAUUAUUUUAGGUUUUUUUAUGCAAAUUACUUUUUACGAUCAAAAAAAUUAGUUUUUACUUUUUAUUCAAAAUUUUUUAUUUAUACAGUUUUUUUUUUAAACUACAGUAUAUAGUAUUCUUUUG